GGUAUAAUAUAGUAUCUUUCAAACCUCGAAGGAAACAAAAUGCAUGGUCGUCUCAAAGUGAGGACAACAGCAGAACAAGCGGAAGCAAAACGCAAGGAGCGACAGAAGAAGUUAGAGAUAUAUCGACAUGUGACGAGCACGGUGAACAGAAAGCGUUCAAAUGAAGAGUUCGACGAAGAAGCUCUAAAUCUUACCGAGCAGUUGUUGAUAGCCAAUCCCGAUUUCUAUACCAUGUGGAAUUAUAGAAGGGAGAUGUUUGAAUACUUCAAGAAAGAAAGGGAAAGUGUGCAAUUGAGAGAACUCUGUUUGAAAGAGUUGGCAUUUCUAGAAAGAUGUCUGCCUGUGAACCCAAAAUCAUACGGCAUAUGGCACCACAGGAGCUGGAUGAUGUUGUUCAUGUCAACGCCGGACUGGAAGAAAGAACUUCAUCUUUGCAAUGUCUAUCUUAGUUACGAUGAAAGAAACUUCCACUGCUGGGAUUACCGUCGUUUUGUGGUGAAGCAAGCGCAGAUUUCGGCCGAAAAGGAGUUCCAAUACACAAGUGAUAAGAUCAGAGAAAACUUCUCGAAUUAUUCAUCAUGGCACUAUCGCAGUAAACUUUUGCCAAAAAUACAUCCAGCUAGUGCAGACGACGGUGAACGAAUCGAGGAAAACGCUUUACUAGAAGAAUUUCAAUUGGUGCAGAACGCGUUUUUCACUGACCCCAACGACCAGAGCGCUUGGUUCUAUCACAGAUGGCUUCUGGGAAGAGCGAAAAACGACAUUAAAAUCUUACAAGCGUACGCACGACGGCACAACGACAGACUUGUUGUUUACAUAUUGUUCAACAAACAAGUGAAGAAAGAGGUGGUUUCAGCACUAUCUUUAACUGUGAAUGGCGAGAAGGACUCACUAGAUUGGUACAAUCCCACAAAUAAUGUUCAACCAUCAAGCAUUUGGAUAGCCAGUUCGAAAGUUUCGGACGAAGAUGCUCUCCAUCUCAAUGUUACCCAUAAUGAAUUGAAUGUAAACAUAACUUUGGACGUAAAUGAAUUAGAGAUAGAAGGAUGGAAAACCUGCUAUGACGAAGCUGAUUAUAGUUUUAGAUCCGAACUUACUACGGUACAUCAUGCCUUUCUCGAAAACGAACUGGAAUCAUGUUGCCUCCUCCUGGAAGAGGAACCAGAUAACAAAUGGACAAUCCUGACUAUUGUUCUAUUGAUGAGAGCCAUUAAUCCAAUGAACUAUAGCAAUGAAGUUGAAGGUUAUCUCAAGAAACUUAGUGAAAUUGAUUAUUAUCGACGUGGAUAUUACAAUGAUUUAGAUAGCAAAUAUAAACUAGAAAACACCAUUGAGAGACAUUUCGUGGAUUGCAAAGGCAAGCAAAAUUUUCUUCCCCGUGUUAUCCAACUUAGUCAUAUGGAUUUAACAACUCUUUAUCAUAUGGAUAGACUCUUACUUAUGACCGAUAUUGAUUUAUCAAACAACAGACUACGUAGUCUGGAUGGCUGCAAUAUGUUACAAAGCGCUAGAAAGAUAUGUCUUGACAACAAUAACUUAGAAGUGAUUGUGAACAAGCAAGGUCUAAAUCUACCAUAUUUGAAAGAAUUAUCCCUGAACAACAACAACAUUGGACGUAUUUCAUGUUUUCUUGCAUUGCAAAAGUGUACAAACCUCAAAGAACUAAAUGUAAAAAAUAAUCCAAUUGAGGGAGUGUUGAACUGGCAUCGUGAAAUCAAACAAAUGAUUCCAUGGCUGGAAAAGUUAAAUGGUGAAGGCAUUUGAGAUGCAAGAGAAAUUGACAUGAAAAAUAUGUCAAAAUAUGUACAAUUACAAUUAUUUCUUUAUGAAAUAUUAAUUUUAGCAAGCUAA